CAGGACAAAACACAACAGUGAUUAGCAUAGCGUUGGUUAGUACUCACUCCUGUGCGACUUGACGUUGCAGUUUCUGAGGCACGUUUGCGUGGACAUACCCGAGUUCUUGUGGCAGUAUGAGCGCCCAGGCCGAUAGAGUGAUGGACCUAGCGGAGUGGGAAGGCCGCUGGCAGGAAGGAAGAAUCGGCUUUCAUCAGCUUCAUGUGCACAAGAUGCUGGAAAGUAGCAUCGACAAAAUCCUAUGUGGAAGAAAGGGAAUUCGGGUUUUCUUCCCUCUCUGUGGGAAAGCAGUGGACAUGAAAUGGCUAGCAGACAUGGGCCACUCAGUGGUUGGGGUAGAAAUUUCCGAGAAGGGAAUCAAGGAGUUCUUUGAGGACCACGAUUUAAGCUACUCUGAGGAAUUGGUUCCAGAUGUACCAGGAGCCAAGGUGUUUAAGAGCUCUGAUGGCAAGAUAUCCUUAUAUCAAUGUGACCUGUUUAAAUUUUCCAGUGCCGUUGCAGGAAAGUUUGAUGGGAUCUGGGACAGAGGGGCCUUGGUGGCCAUCAACCCUUGUGACAGAGAAAGGUAUGCCGCCUUAAUAUUCUCUUUAAUGGACAAGGAUUGCCGAUACCUCUUAGACACUUUGCAAUACAAUCCAGAGUUGUAUAAAGGUCCACCAUUUUUUGUGCCUGAUGAGGAUGUUAAAACUUUAUACGGCAGGACCUGUGACAUUCAAUUACUGGACUCUGCUGAUGCCUUCGCAGACAAACACAGGGCGUGGGGCGUGGAUUACCUGAUAGAGAAAGUCUAUCUUCUCACUCCAAAUGUUAAAUAAAUUGCCACGGUGUAACUAUUUGCAAGGUGUAACAAUAGGAACACAAGAACACACAUUAAAUUAGCACUUGUACGCAUUCAGUAGGUGUCAAAUUAUGAAGCAUUUUCUACACUGGAGAGAUUCUGGAACCUAAUGCACUCUGGAUCAGUUUUCAUAUUUUUCAUAUUUUUCAUAAAUGAUUAAUUUAGCCAAUAUCACCAAAAAUAAUGGAAUAUCGAGUCUUACCAGGCAUGUUUCAUUCAAAAGCAUAUUAAAUUGGAACACCUGCACAUUCAUGAGUCAAAUUCAUGGGUCAAGAGUCUAUUACAGUAUGUAAAUAGUCAGCAGAAAUUUGGAAUUGCACUGGCAUCAUCUUGGAAAGAACAUACCGGAUACGUAAUACACUUUAAUAGGGAUAUACAGUAAGUCUUGAAAUUGGAAUGACUGCAAGACUAGUCUGGGUAGUAAAAUAAUUUUGUUUCUAACAAAACUAAUAAUAGAAGCUGCUAAUGCUUCCUCAAAUACAAAUAUAGCUUGGGAAAUGUCUUAUUUUUAAUAAUACCUUAAACAUGAAAUGUGAACAAUUUGUGAAAUGUAAAGAUGGUAUCCAGUCUUCUUAAAGUAAUUAAAUACAAUU